AUGGCGAAAUCAACGCUUCGUCACCCGCAAUUUUUCCACACACUUGUUCCUGGCUUUCACACUCACCUCAUAAUACCUGUAGACUUCUUCUGCAAGUACAUUCAAGUAAAAGGCGUGGAGGAUACGGCGGAGCUCAAAUCUGACUCGUCGGACAUAACCUGGAAAGUGAAGAUGUCUGGUCGGAGACUUAGUGACGGUUGGAAAGAGUUCGCCGUCGCUAAUAAUCUUCAGAUCGGUGAUGUCCUCCUUGUCAGAUAUGAAGGAGAUUUGGUGUUCUUUGUUUCGGAUUUAGGACCCAAUUGCUCUGAGACUCGAGACAUAGCUCCUCCUCCAACUCCAAGCAACAACAAUGUAGUUCAGGGUGUUAUUGAGCUUCCUAGAAAGAAGAAACUGAAAAAGAAAAGUCCGGAAACAGAAGCAGGUUCUUCUUCUUCAUCAGACAAGUCAUGUUUUGUGGCCAUUGUCACAGCUUCGAGUCUACGCACAGAUACAUUGUAUCUUCCACAAUAUUUCACAAACUCUAAUGGUCUUACAAGAAAAUGCUGCAAGAUUGUUUUAAUAGAUGGAGGGGAAAGAUCAUGGGCAUUGGACCUAAGGUUCAACAACUCAUCUGAUACUUUUUACAUAAGCCGAGGGUGGAGAAAUUUCUGUGACGAAAACGGUCAAAAAGCAGGAGGCUUCUUUAUGUUUAAACUAGUGGGAAGCGGGGAAACGCCUGUGCUCAGUUUCUGCCCUACAGAAUCUUAUAAUGAUAGAAAGCAAAGAGACUGUGCUGAAGCUAGUGGGAGAGAGUCUCUUUCCCCAGAAGUCAGCUGUGAGGAAGAGAACAUAGAAGUGAUAGAGAUAGAGAGCAGUGAGGACGAGUGCAGCUUAAUGGAGUCGUUGUUGGAGAUAGAAAAAACAAAGUAUAGUCCGAAACGAAAAGUUUUAUCAUAUUCAUCAUAUUCACCAUGUCAUAAGAGAUUGGUUACUUUCGCACUUCCACCUGAUUAUAUCAGAAUCCGUAGAUUGACCCUUCCAAUGCCAUUCCUGAGGGAGAAUGACAUCAGCAAGCCUGGGGAGAUAUAUCUAUUGGGAAAAGAUGGUACAAAGUGGCUGACAAACCUUCUACUGGACAAGAAAGGAUCAAUGCGUUUGGGAAAAGGUUGGAAAGAAUUUGUUAAAGCAAACGGCGUAAAGACGGGCUUCACGCUCAAGUUGAUAUGGGAAGACACAACUCCUGUGUUUAGUUUAUGCGAUGUAGAAUCUACCAUUGACAGAGAGCAAGAAGAGUUUUCAAAAUCUAACGAGAAAGAGUCUCUUUUCGUAGAUCCUAGCAAAAGCGACAAGAUCAACAAGGAUGAGAAUAACAAAGAGGAGAGCAGGUCAUGGGAGAGAAACAAGAAUUAUCUGAGAGGGAAAGAUUCAACUCCAAGCAAAGAUCAACUUGUGAAACUAACAAUUACACCAGCCAGCGUCAGAAAGUGUAGACUUGGUCUUUCAAAGUGUUUCACGAAGGAGAAUGACAUCAGCAAGCCUGGGAUGAUUACUCUGUCGGGCAAAGAUGGUAUAAAGCAUGAGACGAAAUUGCUACUCGAGAAACGGAGAGGAGCCAUGGCUUUGGGAGACGGCUGGAAAUCUUUUGUUAAUGAAAACGGCUUGAAGACGGGUGACUCCUUCACGCUCAAGUUGGUUUGGGAAGACUCAACUCCUGUGCUCAGCUUGUUCCCUGCAGAACGUAGCAUUGGCAAAGGAGGAGGAGGGUGUUCAGAAACAAACCAGAAAAAGUCUCUUCCCAUAGAACCUAGCAGCUAUAAAAAAAUCAGCAAAGACGAGGAUAUCAAUGACGACAACAGCAAAGAGAAAAACAACAAUGAGGAAAACAGCAAAGAGGAGAACAAGUCAGUGGAGAGAGAGAAGACUCAUCUGAGAGGGAGAGAUUCAACUCCACCGAGCCAAAAACAAUUUGUGACAAUUAAAAUUACACCUUCCAGUUUCAGAAACUGCAGACUGAUUCUUCCAGCGCAAUUUGUGAGGGAGAAUAGCAUGAACAAGCCUGGAAUAAUAUAUCUCGUGGGUAAAGAUGGUACGAGGUGGCUGACAAACCUUCUACGGGACAAGAAAGGAACAAUGAGUUUGGGAAAUGGUUGGAAAGAUUUUGGUGUAGCACAUGACCUAAAGUCACGCGAAUCCUUUACGAUGGAGUUAAUAUGGGAAGAGGCAACUCCGAUACUCAGUUGGGCUCGUACAGAGUCUUGUAUUUCAAAAGCUAAUGAGAAAGAGUCAGUUUCCACAGAACCUAGAAGCAGAGAUUCAUCCUCGGCAACCCAAAACCAGUUCGUGACAUUAGCACUUACGCCUGAAGAUGUCAGAGCGUGUCAACUGCAUCUUCCGAGUCAGUUCAUGAAGGCUAAUGGCAUCAACAAACUCGGGAGGAUAACUCUGUUGGGUGAAAACGGAAUGGAAUGGUCCGCGUAUCUACUGUCAAAAGAUGGAACGGUCGCUUUGGGAAAUGGUUGGGAUGAGUUUUGUGAAGCUAAUGGAGUGAACUUAGGAGAGUCUUUCACUUUACAGUUCUUUAGUGAACAAGACAAAACAAGCCCUGUACUCAAGUUUUGUUCUCGAGAGAAUAAAUACAAAAAUGUUAAAUAG